UCUCGUACAAAAACUAGUUACGUCAUUUCCGCUAACACCGUAGCCGCUACACUGGUGUUGUAACAAAAAUCACCGCUGUUCUGGUCAAGAAGGCCAAAUAGCAGAAGCGUCAUGUUACGACUGCCGUCAGUUGGCCGAGCGCUAGCUGGAGCUGCCAAGAGCAGCCUGGCUCCUUCCCAUCCCGUGCGCAAUCAUGUGCGUGCUGCCAGCAAUAUGGUGGAAGUGUUUGUGGAUGGAAAACCAGUGGAGGUGGAGGCUGGAACGACAGUGUUGCAGGCCUGUGAGAAAGCUGGAAUUCAGAUCCCCAGGUUCUGCUACCAUGAACGUCUCUCUGUAGCAGGAAACUGCCGCAUGUGUCUUGUGGAGAUUGAGAAAGCUCCAAAGCCGGUAGCAGCCUGCGCCAUGCCUGUCAUGAAAGGUUGGAACAUCCUCACCAACUCAGACAAAACACGCAAAGCCAGAGAGGGGGUAAUGGAGUUCCUGUUAGCCAACCAUCCGCUGGACUGCCCCAUUUGUGAUCAGGGAGGAGAAUGUGACCUGCAGGAUCAGUCCAUGCAGUUUGGUUCAGACCGCAGCCGUUUCACAGAAGGAAAGAGGGCGGUGGAGGACAAAAACAUCGGGCCUCUCAUCAAAACCAUCAUGACCCGCUGUAUCCAGUGUACGCGUUGCGUCCGUUUUGCCAGUGAGAUCGCCGGCGUUGAAGACCUGGGAACGACGGGGAGAGGAAACAACCUGCAGAUCGGGACAUAUGUGGAAAAGAUGUUCAUGUCAGAGCUGUCGGGCAACGUCAUUGAUGUCUGUCCUGUCGGAGCGCUUACCUCCAAACCGUACGCUUUCACCGCUCGGCCAUGGGAGACCAGAAAAACGGAGUCAGUCGACGUGUUGGACGCUGUCGGCAGCAAUAUCGUGGUGAGCACAAGAGGAGGGGAGGUGAUGAGGGUGAUGCCCAGGCUCAAUGAGGACAUCAAUGAAGAAUGGAUCUCCGAUAAGACCAGGUUUGCAUACGAUGGUCUGAAGAGGCAGAGGUUGACCCAACCACUGGUAAAAGAUGGCUCAGGUCAGCUGACACCAACCACCUGGGAGGAUGCUCUGACUCGUGUUGCCGGAGCACUUCAGAGUGUGCAGGGUAAUGAAGUAGCAGCCAUAGCCGGGGGGAUGGUGGAUGCCGAGGCUCUGAUUUCCCUCAAAGAUCUCCUCAACAGACUGAACUCUGAGAACCUCUGCACCGAGGAGCUUUUCCCCAUGGCCGGGGCGGGCACCGAUCUGCGCUCCAACUACCUGCUGAACUCUCGCAUCGCUGGCAUUGAAGAGAGUGAUCUGGUGCUGCUCGUGGGAACCAACCCGCGCUACGAAGCUCCGCUGUUCAACGCCCGAAUCCGCAAGAGCUGGCUUCACAAUGAGCUGCAUGUUGCCAUGGUUGGCCACAACGUUGACCUCAGCUACACAUAUGACCACUUGGGAGAGGAGACGGCUGUGCUGAAGGAGCUGGCUAAUGGGACACAUCCCUUCUGCCAGGUCAUAGCUGCUGCGAAGCGUCCAGUGGUGGUUGUCGGUAGCGCUACUCUGCAGAGAGAAGAUGGUGCAGCCAUCUUAAGCACCGUCUCCACCAUCGCUCAGAAUGCCAGAGCCAGCAGCGGAGUGGAGGACGGGUGGAAGGUUCUGAAUGUCCUGCACAGGGUGGCCAGUCAAGUGGCGGCGUUGGAUCUGGGCUACAAGGCCGGCGUGGACGCCAUCAGGAAGAAUCCCCCCAAAGUUCUGUUCCUGCUGGGAGCGGAUGCGGGCUGCAUCACUAGAGCCGACCUCCCCAAAGAGAGCCUUGUCAUCUACCAGGGUCAUCACGGUGAUGUGGGAGCACCGAUGGCAGAUAUUAUUCUACCUGGCGCUGCAUACACGGAGAAGAACGGCACCUACGUGAACACGGAGGGCAGGAGCCAGCACACCAAAGUGGCCGUCACUCCUCCUGGGAUGGCUAGAGAGGACUGGAGGGUCAUCAGGGCUGUGUCUGAGCUGGCUGGAGUGACGCUGCCCUACGACUCGCUGGAUGAGGUCCGUUCCAGGCUAGCCGAGGUGUCUCCUAACCUGAUUCGUUAUGAUGACAUAGAGGCGGCAAACUACUUCAAACAGGCCACUGAACUUACUAAGAAUGUGAACCAGGACCUUCUAGCGGCUCCUCUGGUGCCACCUCAAAUCACCGCUAAAGACUUCUACAUGACAGACUCCAUCAGCAGGGCUUCCCAGACGAUGGCCAAGUGUGUCAAAGCGCUCACAGAGGGAGCUGCCGCCGUGGACGAGCCUUCCGUUUGCUGAACACCUCAUAAAACCUCAGAAAACAACAACGCUCCCGCCUAUCUGCAAAUGAAACGCGCUUUUCAGAACAAACGUGGCGUCACUCUAUAAUUUAAAGUUUUCCUUGUUGGUUGUUGUAUACAUUGAAAUUGUUUCACUAAAAUAUAAAUAAAAUCAUAAGUAAUAAAGCCUUUA